UAGCAUCAAAGAGGCACAAUAAGGCGAGAGCCUAGAGAAAGAGGAAGGAAGUAGAGGGACUGUGAGAUGAGCAGAGAUCAGUGCUACUGGAGCGGUAGCUAAAGCGGCCUUGUGAUUCAUUGGACUCCAAUUGUGUAUGCUGUUGGAUUUUAUGUAUUCUGACUGUUCCCAUUCAGCCUUUCUACUGAAUCAGGGUGAAUUUGUUGGCAAUGACUCCUUGGCACAAAAGUGAUAAGAAGGUCGGUGUGGCAAUAUACAAUUUCAGAGCUGCAAGAGUGCCACAGUUAUCUCUGCAUAUUGGUGAUGUAGUCCAUAUACUGGAAGAUUGUCAAGAUUGGUACAAGGGCUAUCUUGUGAGACAUAAAGGAAUAGAGGGAAUAUUUCCAAAAUCUUUUAUCCACAUCAAAGAAACUGCUGUUGAGAAGAAGAGAAAUGCAGAAAAUGUAAUACCUGCAGAGAUUCCUUUGGUGCAAGAAGUCACCUGUACGCUUUGGGAAUGGGGCAAUAUCUGGAAACAACUUUAUGUGGCAAACAAAAAAGAACGCUUCCGGGAGGUGCAAUCCAUGAUGUGUGAGUUAAUGGAGUGGAGGUCACAGCUCCUCUCAGGGACAUUGCCUAAAGAUGAACUCAAAGAACUGAAGCAAAAGGUCACUUCCAAAAUUGAUUAUGGGAACAAGAUUCUGGAGCUAGAUCUGAUAGUGAGAGAUGAGGAUGGGAAUAUUUUGGAUCCAGACAAAACUAGCGUUAUCAGCCUUUUUCAUGCUCAUGCUGAAGCUACUAAUAAAAUCACAGAACGAAUUCGAGAGGAGAUGUCUAAAGAAGAAUCUGAUUAUGGAACCUUUUCCCGAAAAACUACAUCCCCGACCCAUAGUCUUUAUGUCUUUGUAAGAAAUUUUGUUUGCCGAAUAGGAGAAGAUGCUGAACUUUUCAUGUCCCUGUAUGAUCCUCAGAAGCACAUGGUGAUAAGUGAAAAUUACUUGGUGAGAUGGGGAAGCAAAGGUUUUGUCAAAGAAAUUGAUAAUUUCAACAAUCUGAAAGUGGUUUUCACUGAUCUUGGAAAUAAAGAUCUUACAAGAGAAAAAAUUUAUUUGAUUUGUCAAAUUGUACGGAUUGGAAGAAUGGAUCUCCGAGAUACUAAUUCAAGAAAAUAUACUCAAGGCAUAAGACGACCAUUUGGAGUAGCAGUGAUGGAUAUUACAGACGUCAUUAAAGGCAAAGCAGAAAGUGAUGAAGAGAAGCAACAUUUCAUUCCUUUUCAUCCAGUGUCAGAGAAUGACUUCUUGCACAAUCUCUUAAGCAAGGUCACAGCACUCAAAGGUGACAGUGGCGGACAAGGACUCUGGGUGACUAUGAAAAUGCUUGUUGGAGAUGUUGCCCAGAUCCGGAAGGACUAUCCUCAUCUUGUUGACAGAACAACUGUUGUUGCUCGGAAGCUUGGCUUUCCUGAAAUAAUUAUGCCAGGUGAUGUAAGAAAUGACAUCUAUAUUACUUUACUAUAUGGAGACCUGGAUAAGUAUAAUAAAACCACUCAGAGAAAUGUAGAAGUCAACAUGUGUGUGUGUGAUGAAGAAGGGAAAGUGAUUCCAAAUGCAAUCUGUUCAGGAGCCGGGGACAAGCCAGUGAGUGAAUACAAAUCAGUUGUCUACUAUCAAGUCAAACAACCUCGCUGGAUGGAGACAGUAAAGGUGGCGUUGCCCAUUGAGGACAUGCAGAGAAUUCAUUUGCGCUUUACAUUUAGACAUCGGUCAUCUCAGGAGUCUAAAGACAAGGGAGAAAAGAACUUUGCCAUGGCCUAUGUAAAGUUAAUGAAGGAGGAUGGGACAACUCUACACGAUGGCUUUCAUGAUCUGGCAGUUCUAAAGGGUGACAGUAAGAAAAUGGAAGACGCCAGUGCUUACUUGAGCCUCCCUUGUGUUCGCCAUCAUGUCGAAUCUAAAGUCUCAACUUUAAGUCGGAGUACAAGCAGUGUGGGAGGGCUUUCAGUGAGCUCAAGGGAUUUGUUUGGCAUUUCAACUCUUGUUUGUUCAACCAAGCUGACUCAAAAUGUUGGUUUACUGGGCCUUUUGAAGUGGCGUAUGAAACCAGAGCUUUUGCAGGAAAACCUUGAAAAACUGAAGAUUGUAGAUGGAGAAGAAAUUGUGAAGUUUCUCCAGGAUACCUUAGAUGCCUUGUUUAAUAUCAUGAUGGAGCAUUCUCACAGUGAUGCUUAUGACAUUCUUGUCUUCGAUGCUCUGAUAUAUAUAAUAGGACUCAUUGCAGACAGAAAAUUCCAGCAUUUCAAUACUGUAUUGGAGGCUUAUAUACAGCAGCACUUCAGUGCAACUUUAGCAUACAAAAAAUUAAUGACAGUCUUGAAGACCUACUUGGAUACUUCAAGCAGAGGAGAACAGUGUGAACCCAUACUAAGAACCCUGAAAGCCCUGGAAUAUAUCUUCAAGUUCAUAGUUCGUUCGAGGACAUUGUUUUCUCAGCUGUAUGAAGGUAAAGAACAGACAGAAUUUGAGGAAGCCAUGAGGAGACUUUUUGAGUCAAUCAACAGCCUGAUGAAAAGUCAACACAAAACAGCCAUUUUGUUACAGGUGGCUGCCUUGAAAUAUAUUCCAUCUGUCCUCCAAGAUGUAGAAAGAGUGUUUGAUAUCAGAUUACUUAGCCAGCUCUUGUAUGAAUUUUACACUUGUAUUCCACCAGAAAAGCUGCAGAAGCAAAAAGUGCAAUCUAUGAGGGAAAUUGUACUCAGCAACCUCUUUAAAAAACAAGAAUGUAGAGACAUUCUGCUCCCUGUGAUUACUAAAGAGCUGAAGGAAUUACUGGAUCCAAAGGAAGAGACACAGAUGCUAUUCCUAGAAAAGAAGUAUUGCAUUGAAUUACUCAACAGCAUCCUGGAGGUUCUCAGCUGUCAAAAUGCAGAGUCAACUUAUCAACACAUACAAGAAAUAAUGAUCCAGUUGCUGCGAACCAUUAACCGAACUGUCAUAAGAAUGGGUAGAGAUGACACCUUAAUUAGUCAUUUUGUGGCCUGCAUGACAGCAAUCUUGAACCAAAUGGAUGACCAACAUUACUCUUCCUACAUUGAAACAUUUCAGACAACAUCAGAGUUAGUGGACUUUUUGAUGGAGACCUUCAUAAUGUUUAAAGAUCUUAUUGGAAAGAAUGUCUACCCAUUGGACUGGAUGGCCAUGAGCAUGGUACAAAACAGGGUGUUCCUGAGAGCCAUCAACAAAUUCUCUGAGACUAUGAACCAGAAGUUUCUGGAAAACAUGAACUUUGAAGAACAACUAUGGAACAACUAUUUUCAUCUUGCCGUGGCCUUUAUCACUCAGGAUUCCUUGCAGCUUGAACACUUCUCUCAUGCUAAAUGCCUGAAGAUCCUAAGCAAAUACAGAGACAUGCGACGAUUAAUUGGCUUUGCUAUCCGUGACAUGUGGUACAAACUUGGGCAGAAUAAGAUCCGCUUCAUCCCAGGAAUGGUUGGACCAAUCUUAGAAAUGACCCUUAUUCCAGAAGCUGAGCUACGGAAAGCCACCAUCCCAAUCUUUUUUGACAUGAUGUUGUGUGAAUAUAGAAACACUGGAGAAUUCAGAAAGUUUGAAAAUGAAAUCAUUUUAAAAUUGGACCAUGAAGUAGAAGGAGGUCGUGGAGAUGAGCAGUACCUACAUUUAUUUGAAUCAAUACUCAUAGACUGUUCUGCAAGUAACACCAAAAUUGCCAAGCCUGUUGAAACAUUUGUAUGCCUAGUCAAAGGGCUUUUGGAAAAGCUACUGGAUUACCGUGCUGUGAUGAAUGAUGAAAGCAAGGACAAUCGCAUGAGCUGUACUGUGAAUUUAUUGAAUUUCUACAAGGAGAUUAAUCGUGAAGAGAUGUAUAUAAGGUACCUAUAUAAACUUCGUGAUCUUCAUUUAGACUGUGAGAACUACACUGAGGCUGCAUAUACACUUCUGCUGCAUGCUUCUCUUCUGAAAUGGUCUGAUGAACAGUGCACUCCUCAGGUCAUGCAAACAGAAUUUCAGAGUUCACAAACACAUCGCCACCUGAAAGAACACUUGUAUGAAAUGAUCAUAGAAUAUUUUGACAAGGGAAAGAUGUGGGAGGAAGCAAUAUCACUGUGCAAAGAACUGGCAGAGCAAUAUGAAAUGGAAAUCUUUGAUUAUGAACUUCUGAGUCAAAACCUGAUUCAACAAGCAAAAUUCUAUGAGAACAUCAUGAAAAUUCUGAGGCCUAAACCAGAUUAUUUUGCUGUUGGUUAUUAUGGUCAAGGGUUCCCCACAUUCCUAAGGAACAAAAUAUUCAUCUAUCGUGGCAAAGAAUAUGAGAGGAGAGAAGAUUUUCAAGCACAAUUGAUGAGCCAUUUUCCAAAUGCUGAGAAAAUGAAUACUACGGCACCUCCUGGAGAGAAUCUCAAAUACUCUUCUGGUCAAUACAUACAGUGUUUUACAGUACAACCAGUUUUGGAAGAACAUCCACGGUUCAAAAACAAGCCGGUGCCUGAUCAAAUCAUCAACUUUUACAAGUCUAAUUAUGUGCAAAGAUUCCAUUAUUCAAGACCAGUCAGAAAAGGAUCUGUUGACCCUGAAAAUGAAUUUGCUUCUAUGUGGAUUGAGCGAACAUCCUUUGUUACGGCUUACAAACUCCCUGGAAUCCUGCGUUGGUUUGAGGUUGUCUCUAUGUCACAGACUACAAUUAGUCCUCUUGAGAAUGCCAUUGAAACAAUGUCUAUGACCAAUGAGAAGAUUCUCACCAUGAUUAAUCAGUACCAGGGCGAUGAAAACCUUCCUAUUAACCCCCUCUCCAUGCUUCUGAAUGGAAUUGUCGAUCCAGCAGUAAUGGGAGGCUUUGCUAAAUAUGAAAAGGCUUUCUUCACAGAUGAGUAUAUCAGGGAUCACCCAGAAGAUCAAGAGAAACUGAACAGACUCAAAGACCUAAUUGCCUGGCAGGUUCCAUUUUUGGGGGCUGGAAUUAAGAUUCAUGAGAGGAGAGUUUCAGAUAGCCUUCGUCCUUUCCAUGAACGCAUGGAGGAGUGUUUCAGACACUUAAAGGCCAAAGUGGAGAAACAAUAUGGUAUCAGAGAAUUGCCUGAUUUUGAUGACAGGCGUGUUGGUCGGCCAACAUCUAUGCUAAGAUCAUACCGCCAGAUGUCUAUAAUUUCACUGUCCUCUAUGAAUUCAGACUGUCCUACACCAAACAAGACUCCUGCAGAAACCUUUGAACUGGAAAUCAUGUCACCAAAAGCAACCCAAUCGGUGUUGGAUGACAAUGUUCGCCUAAUAAGCUCUGAAGUUAAGAUGAGAAGAUCCAGGAGGAGAGGAAAGAGGAGCAGUGUGGUAUUUGCAGAGGAAAAGGCAUCUUCUGAACUUCCUGACAUGAAAUGUCUGUCAAGAAAAUAUGAAUUUAUGAGUGACACCAACCUAUCUGAACAUCUGGAUGUACCUCAGAAAACAUCUGUUCUUCUCAAGCAAAUGAGCUUUGCCAGUCGCUCGAUGCCAACCAUUCCAGGGUUAACUUUGUCAGUGUGCUGCCCAGCACCUGAAGAAACAAAUGUAUCCCAAAGGAUGAGCCAAGUGAGUGUUUUGCCCGUUUUGGAGACAGACAGGAAAACUCUAAAAAAGAAGAAAAUGAACCAGAUCUUCAAAACGAUAAUCAAGCCAAAGCAACCUGAAGAUGUGAAACAUCCUGGCGAGCGAAAAUCUGAUUAUCAGAACUGUGAAUAAAUUUCAUCACUGAGAAGAUAAAUGUUUUCUUAGCAAGAUUUUAAACUGAAAAUGAGGAUUGGUUUAGGAAAACUUUGACAACGCAUAAUGGUCUGUUUAAAUACAAGAACUAUAAUAAAUAUAUUCACUGUAACAUUCUACAACUGUCAUGGAUACUGUGCAAGGCUGUAAAAUUAUACAAAUCCCCAUUAAUCUGCAAACCCAGACUUAGACUUCUGUGAAGCAUACACCUGCCAUUGUGCAUAGGACACAAUGUGACAUUGAUGAAAUGCACUUAGCUUCAUUUCUGCAUUUUGUUUGCACUUUAAAUUCUAUGUCUAGUGGCAGAUACGUGCUUCCUUCCACACUCCACUGCAUAGACACAGUUCCCCCAAAAGGCUGACCUUGUAUACUGUGUCUUCGUGAGCUCAUUCAACUGGAGAAUUUCCAAUAGAGUUUGAAGAUUGAUUGAAAUCAUGUCUUUAUUAAAACAUAAGUCUACUUAAUUCCAUGAGCUUAGUCUAAGGCAAUGGAGAUUCCCCCCCUUCAAAGAAAAGUGUAUUUGAAAAAGACUUUUCCAAAGUGUAUCUGUUGUCCUUUUCUUUUAUGGUAGCUAUAUACUACUGUAUGUAGUUCUGAUAAUUUCACAAUCAAAUGUUAAAUGCUUUCUUCCAUUUGCUCUGAAUCAUACUUCUUGGAUUUUUUUCAAAAGAGUACUAAGUAUUAAUCUCUUCUUACUGACAAUAGAAGUAACUCUUGCUUCUGUGCAAAUAUAAUUGAUUUCCUUGCCUUUUUGACAUGCAUAAGACAUCCAUUCAUUCCAUCUGCCCGUAUCUCUAUUUUCCUUGUAAAGAAGCUGAAAGCGGCUUCAUUAUAACUCCAACAAAAACAUAGAGGGAUAAGUGCAUCCUUUUUUGGAAGCCUACAAAAGUGGAAAGAUUGCUUUUGCACAAAACACCCAGUAUUUACUCAUCUACAAUUUAAUAGCCUUGAACCCUCAGAAGGUGAAAUAACCCCGGCAAAUUUCAUCCAGUGCUACUAAAAACAGGAAAACGUUAUUGGCUAAAUUAAAAUGUAGAUGGCACAAUAAAAUUAUUCCUAUGUGUCUAAAAAUUGCAGGUUAUGAUCUUUUCAUAAGGAAGUACUCUGCCUAUACAGUAUAAACUUCUUCACUUCCACUUGCUUCUACUCCAAAAAUGAUCCCCUUCCCCUGGAAGUGUGUGUAAUUCUCCUUAGGUCCUCCAGACGCUGGAAUGCAAAUCCCAGCAUUACAUACCACUGGGUAUAUUAUCUAAGGACCUCUUCACAUGGGACAGUUUUGUCCGGUUUUGCCACUUUUAAUUGCGGCAAGGACGGGGCCUGCCAUGCGCUGUCACAUGACUCACGGCAGUCUCCACCCACAUUCCUCCCAGAGUGGAGGAGAAGCACCAAAAUGUGCUUUCCCUUCCACUAUGAAGAGGAAGGUGUAGUUUUUGUUGUAUGAUGGCAGAAAGAGCAACGGGUUAAUACAAGUUGCCAUGCAUUGCCGCCCUUUCUGCCAUCUGACGAGGGGUGGGAAAGGGUGCCAAAGCACCCUCUCCCAUCUCCUCCAUGUGAUGAGGGGAGAAGGGAGGGCGUGUGGGGCGCCACAAGCCACCUAACGCCUUUUCUUUUGCUGGCAAUUGCUGGCCAUGUGAAGAGGUGGUAAGUUUUGCCAUCAACAAUAUUUGGGGGGAGGAGCAAUUUGUUUCCUGAUAUAAGAUAUUAUUUAGUGUGUUGAGACCUGAACCUGCUGUUAAUCUUGCCUUCCCAAAGAUGAUUACUAUACAUAAGCUUUCAUAGAUUACCAAAUUAUUUCUCUCAGUCUCUAAGGUGCUAUAAGAUCUCAUAGUAAACUAAUAUUCCUGACUAGAAUAGAUUUAGAUUUAGUUUAUUCACAUAGUAAUAGCACAAAAUAGAAUAACCAUCAUUUUUCAAAGGCCCUUCGUGAUUUCUCACCAUUGAGGCAGACAAAAAGAAGAAACCCAUAUUACUCCACACAUCUAAGAUUGUAAUUCCAUAGCCCAUAACUCAAUUCCAAUUUUGGGGACUGACAAAACAACUGUCUCCAGGCUUCAGGUUCUAGGACUGGUCUCAGCAAAGCAAGGGCAGCUGACCCAUUGUUAUCUGCUUUUGCCUAAAACACUUAUAGUGAUUAUAACUUUGCAGCCCUAUCUAAGGUGUGUUUAUUUUUUUGUUUUAGUACUACAAGAGAAAAAUGCAAUGGAUUUAAAAUGCUUAUUUUACAAUCCCAUUUCAUUUUUAAGAUAUGCAUCUUUUACAACAAAAUGUUACCACUUCAUGGUGGUUGAAAUACUAAUUUGCUUAUAAUUUUUGUCUACUCUGUACAGCAGCAUGAUUUCAACAAAUUACAACCAACAUGUAUGCAUGUCCAACAUGAGUCUUUAAAAUAAACUUUUCAUUUUCCUGCUUUAAGACAAA